AUUUUAGGGUUUGUCCAUUCUCUCCCCUUUCUCCUGCAUUUGUCCGAUUCUUUCUCCGAUUCAUUCUCCCCGACUCCGGCCCGGAGUUUCCGUCGACUGUUUGUGGAUCUAAUUCGAUUGAAAAUCGGGGAUUGAUCUGUUAUUGGAUUUGUUGCCCUGGAUAGGGGAUCUUGAAUAUGCCCGCGACGGAUUACCAAGGGACGUCAUCGGCGCCGUUCGCGAAUAUUGGGCGUUCUAUCAUGAGUCUGCGACGAGAUCAGGUCCACGUUCACUCGAUGGAAGGAAGUCACGACGGAGCUGGACAUGAAGUUGAGCUGGAAGCCUUUCAGAAGCAGGUUGCUGACAUGUUUCAGAGUUUGUUGGCGGCGGCGGCGUCGGCGUCGGCGAAUGAUGAACUCCUUUCACUCUCCUGGAUUCGGAAAUUGCUUGAUUCAUUCCUUUCCUGCCAGGAGGAAUUCAGGGUCCUUCUCUACAACAAAUCUCAGUUGUUGAGACCUCCAAUGGACAGGUUGAUUGCGGACUUCAAUGAGCGUAGCGUCAAGGCGCUGGAUGUUUGCAAUGCUAUCCGCGAUGGAAUCGAGCAGAUCAGGCAAUGGGAGAAGCUGCUUGAGAUUGUGCUUUGUGCUCUGGAUAAUAAAAAUCAAAGGGCCCUAGGUGAAGGGCAGUUUCGCAGGGCAAAAAAGGCACUCGUGGACUUGGCUAUUGGGAUGCUUGACGACAAGGAUUCUGGCCAGACUUUGGCUAACAGGAAUCGUUCCUUUGGUCGCAACAAGGAUCACCAUCAUCGCUCCGUCGGACAUUUUAGAUCGUUGUCAUGGAGCGUUUCGAGGUCAUGGUCUGCUGCUAGGCAGCUCCAAUCCAUUGGGAGCAACCUGGCUGCACCGCGAACAAAUGACAUUGUCGCCUCGAAUGGGUUUGCUGUCCCUGUUUAUACCAUGGGUUCCGUUUUGUUGUUUGUAAUGUGGACUCUGGUGGCAGCAAUUCCAUGCCAGGACCGUGGUUUGCAGGUUCAUUUCAAUAUUCCUAGGCAUUUUGCAUGGGCAGCGCCGUUGAAUACUCUGCACGAGAGGAUUUUGGAGGAGUCAAAGAAACGAGAGAGGAAGAAUGCUUGUGGCUUGUUGAAGGAAAUUUAUCAGAUGGAGAAGUGUUCGCGAUUGCUGAGUGAAUUGGCUGAUUCAGUGCAAUUCCCCCUAACAGAGGAGAAGGAGGUAGAGGUAAGGCAGAGAGUGAAGGAGUUGGCACAGGUGUGUGAGACCAUAAAGGAGGGUUUAGAUCCAUUGGAAAGGCAAGUUAGGGAGGUUUUUCAUAGGAUUGUGCGGGGCCGAACUGAAGGGCUUGACUCAUUGGGAAGGGGACACAAUCCGGAGUAAAAAGUCUCUUGCUUGUGUGUUAUCAUGGUGUCAAACGUCAGACUUUCAAAUGUUUGUUGAUUUUGGCUUCUGGGAUUUUGAGGAAGAUAGAAGAUGAAAUAGAAGAUGAAAAGAAGAAAAAGAAGAAGAAGAAGAAGAAGAAGAAGAAGAAGAAGAAGAAGAAAAGAGGAUGAAGCUGUGGAGUUAAGAAAGUAGAGUGAUUUGAAGCAUACUCCCAAAAUAAAAGGGUAAGGAAGAGAAAUUUUCUUGUAUUUAUUACCAUAUAUUGUAUAAAGAUAGCAGGAUAUGAAGUUGGACCUUUUUGGUCCUAGUUGCUGAUUUCCAGCAUUGUGUGGUUAUUGUAUAAUCAAAUUUCUGAGUAAAUUGCAUCUUAGUGUUGUAGCUGAUUUCAUGUUCAAGAUUUUGUCUAUUUAUCAUUGGUACAUAUAUUAUUUGUGCUGAAAGAGCCGACUGUUUUAGACUUUUUGGUAUUCUAGUCCAGCAUGCAUUUGCUUGUGACAGAGAGGUGGUCUAUUUUCUUUCUUCCCUGCUUAUACAAAGCUAGCUUGUGGUUGUGUGUCAUUUGUUCUUGAUUUUGAAGUUUUCUAUGAAGCACUAGGAAAUUUUGUCCAUCCUGACUCCAUAAAGAAUGUGUGGUUUGUGAAAGACAUAAUUCUGAGCAAUCAUAUUGGAGAUGAUUGAUUUCCCUCUGAACUUUUACUGUUAUUGAAUUGGGAAGAAAGGUUGGAUAUUGCAAUUCUUUUCCAGGGAGCUUCAAAUAUAUGCCUGGUUAGUUUUUCAGUAAAAUGUAACAGAGGCAACCUUAACUCUGACUCUGACUCUGUGUUUGUGCAAGCAAAUUUCUCUUUCUUGCAGAUCUCAACAUGAGCUGGUAGAUCCAUUAUUGGCUCAUGCACAGACUCAGCAAAGGUUGCAGCUAAGACCUGCCUGAAAGAGGAGAAAAAUUGUGCAGGUUGCCUUGGAUGAGGACUGUCCAGGAAUGGGAAUGUUUGUAGAAAAGUUAGAGGGGACGUUUUACUGUGCUAACCAUUUUCCCUGAAAGUUCAAGCUUUACCAGAUCCUUUGAAUCGAAAUUUCGCUAUCAGGAUCAACUCUGGAACAGCCUUAGUCUUAACUGGCACCAGUUUGUUUCAAGAUUAAUUGCCAUAAAUAUCUUUCAGGCUGUUCAUUCCCACAAAUUUCCGAUAGCUGUCAUAACCCUGAAGCUUUAAUUGCUAAGUCUGCGUCGAGACUUCAGAGUAUUGUGUACAAAACUUAGCAAUAUCUGAAUAUGACCUGGGAAAGUGACUUGCGAGCUGUGAAAUUAAAAGUUGCCAUUCAGA